AUGGUGCUGUCACAGAGGCAAAGAGAUGAACUAAAUCGAGCGAUAGCGGAUUACCUACGUUCCAAUGGGUAUGAAGAGGCUUAUUCUGUUUUUAAGAAGGAGGCAGAACUUGAUAUGAAUGAAGAGUUAGAUAAGAAGUAUGCAGGACUCUUGGAGAAGAAAUGGACAUCUGUCAUCAGAUUACAAAAAAAGGUUAUGGAAUUAGAAUCCAAAUUAAAUGAAGCAAAAGAAGAGUUUACAUCUGGAGGACCAAUAGGCCAAAAGCGAGACCCCAAAGAAUGGAUACCUCGCCCACCUGAAAAAUAUGCACUGAGUGGUCAUCGGAGUCCCGUCACUCGUGUCAUUUUUCAUCCAGUGUUUAGUGUUAUGGUCACGGCAUCAGAAGAUGCAACGAUUAAGGUGUGGGACUACGAGACUGGAGAUUUUGAACGCACACUCAAGGGGCACACAGACUCUGUGCAGGAUAUAUCUUUUGACCAUUCUGGAAAGCUACUGGCCUCUUGUUCUGCAGAUAUGACUAUUAAGCUAUGGGAUUUCCAAGGUUUUGAGUGCAUCAGGACCAUGCAUGGUCAUGAUCAUAAUGUUUCCUCAGUAGCCAUUAUGCCCAAUGGAGAUCAUAUAGUGUCUGCCUCAAGGGAUAAAACCAUUAAGAUGUGGGAGGUUCAGACUGGGUAUUGUGUGAAGACUUUCACAGGGCACAGAGAGUGGGUUCGCAUGGUGAGGCCAAACCAGGAUGGUACACUUAUUGCCAGCUGUUCUAAUGACCAAACUGUUCGUGUUUGGGUUGUAGCUACAAAGGAAUGCAAAGCAGAACUUAGAGAGCAUGAACACGUGGUAGAAUGCAUUUCUUGGGCACCAGAAAGCUCGUAUUCUACCAUAUCAGAUGCUACAGGAUCUGAGACUAAAAGAAGUGGUAAACCUGGUCCUUUUCUUCUGUCUGGUUCCAGAGAUAAAACUAUAAAGAUGUGGGACAUUAGCAUUGGAAUGUGCCUAAUGACACUUGUUGGACAUGAUAAUUGGGUGCGUGGAGUUCAAUUCCAUCCAGGAGGAAAGUUUAUUCUUAGUUGUGCUGAUGAUAAAACUAUACGCAUUUGGGACUACAAGAACAAACGCUGCAUGAAAACCCUUAAUGCUCAUGAACAUUUUGUUACCUCUUUGGAUUUCCACAAGACUGCGCCGUAUGUGGUGACUGGAAGCGUAGAUCAAACAGUAAAAGUGUGGGAGUGCCGUUGA